UAAAAAAACGAUAAAUAUCAUCUCCUAAAGUGAUUGCGAACCUUUACUCCAUCUUCUGAUACAACCUUCUUACAUUUUACUUGGCAUCAAUGGCGGCUCAGUUUGAUCUUCCAAUCAUGAAUGGGUAAACAGUACUAUAUUCCCAUUUCGCGUUAAUUAUUGUUCGGGAAGAAAGUUCCAAAGGGGCGACCGGUCGUCCAUGUCUAUUCUUCUUGAGGACAAAUCCCAGCUGAAAUAUUAAUUUACUCUCUCGGCCUCCCCUGCUUUCGCCGGUCACUUUGUUCUGCACGCCGUGAUCGUUCCUCUUCCUCUGCACUCGAUCACCUUCAGACUCGCACUUCUACCCACACAGUUCAGAAGAUUCAUCGAACUAUGUUUAAUCAGAGAGUCCUCUUCCGGGCCAAGAAGUUCGUCUUCUUAGUCAUCCCGUCGGCUGCCCUGUUCAUUAUUCUCUACUCCGACUGGACUGUCUCUCGAGCUUCUGUGUGGUCUCUCCGCUUCGGUGAUGAAGUCCUCGAUGAGGGGCCAGUUGUCCGACCAAAGUUAGGUCGCUUGCAGCUCCAUUCAGUCCGCACAGCUCUUGCUCUUGACGAAUUAGACAGCCCGGAGAAGCUCAGUCCUCUCAUCCCGCCAAUCAACGUUACUGAAAAAGAAAGGAUCACUUGGUUCCGGGAAAAGCUGCCGGAGUUCGAUAUAUUCAACAAUGAUAACUUGACGAGCCAGUUUCACACCCGAGUAAGGGACUUCCUCAACUAUGAUUGCGAACUCAGAUUCUUCAUGACGUGGAUUUUGCCUGCGACACUCUUUGGGAGAAGAGAGUUGCUUGCAUUGGAGAGCCUGUUUAGAGCACAUCCUAAUGGGUGCUUGGUGAUGGUAUCGAGCAUGCUCGACUCAAGAAGAGGGCUCAAGCUCCUCGAACCAAUGCUCAACCGUGGGCUCAAGUUACUCGCGGUUACUCCAGACUUGGAUUAUCUCUUCACCAACACACCAGCUGAAGCUUGGUACAGUGAGAUCAAGACCGGCAACAGAGACCCUGGGGGGAUCCCUUUAGCUCAGAACCUCUCGAAUCUGAUCAGGCUAGCAAUCCUCUACAAGUACGGCGGCGUGUACUUAGACGUGGACUUCAUAGUUCUCAGAGAUUUCAGCCAGCUGAGAAACGCAAUUGGAGCUCAGAGCAUCGACCCAGAAUCCAGGGAUUGGACCCGAAUUAACAACGCAGUCAUGGUGUUCGAUGCCAACCACCCACUUCUCUUCAAGUUCAUACAAGAAUUCGCGCUUACUUUCGACGGGAACAAGUGGGGCCACAAUGGCCCUUACUUGGUCUCGAGAGUGAUCCGCAGAGUACGGGGGAGAGAAGGUUAUAACUUCACCGUGCUGCCUCCAACGGCGUUCUACCCGGUCGAUUGGACCAGGAUCAGAAGGCUCUUCAAGAAGCCGGAGAGCAGAGACGAGAGAAGAUGGGUCGAAGCAAAGCUGCUUCAGCUGAGCAAGAACACUUACGGAGUGCAUCUGUGGAACAAGCAGAGCAGAGGGAUGGAGAUCGAAGAAGGGAGCGUUAUGGAAACGUUGAUUGCAGAUCACUGCCUAAUCUGCAGACAUGCUUACAGCUCCUAGGAGCUAAGAAGGAAUUAAGGUUGUCCUUUCUUUUUUUUUGGGGGGGGUGGGGGGCAAUUAAGCAAGAAAAUUUCUUUGUGAUUCUCCAUGAUAACUUAUCUUUCCACCAUGAUCGAAGCUCCAUUACGACCACCAAUCAAAAUAACCACUGAUUAAACGACAUUCAGUUCAAAAAGCGCUUCCGUCCAUUGAACUUCAAAUCCAAUUUUAGAGAGCGGAAAGCAAAACAACACGAUAUUGAACUUCUGAAGAGAUCACAA